AUGGAGAGACCAAAUCAAAUACCAGGAUCUGAAUUCCCCAAACCAUGGAGUAACAAUUCCAUUCUCUCAAGCAGUUUGGGGUUUACUAUCCCCUCUUUAUUGCCAAAUGAUACAUUCAACUUCAAUGGGUCACAGAACUGGACGGACAGCUACAACACCAGUUUUAUUCCAAGUGUUGCAGGAAUCCUUAUUCCUCUUAUCUACAUAAUAGUCUGCGUGGUUGGUUUGGGAGGCAACACCUUGGUCAUCCACAUUGUCUUGCGCUAUUCUCAGACCCAGUCCGUCACAAACAUCUACAUUCUGAAUCUGGCCAUAGCUGAUGAGCUUUUCAUGCUUGGCCUACCCUUUCUGGCUGUGCAAAAUGCUCUCCUGUCCUGGCCAUUUGGGUCCCUGAUGUGCCGUCUGGUUAUGACCGUAGAUGCCAUCAACCAGUUCACCAGUAUCUUCUGCUUGACAGUAAUGAGUAUUGACCGCUACUUGGCAGUGGUGCACCCUCUCCGGUCUUCAAGAUGGCGUCAACCUCGAGUAGCCAAGGCAGUCAAUGCCACAGUAUGGGCACUUUCCUUCAUAGUCGUCCUUCCAGUUGUGGUUUUUGCUGAUGUGCUUGAGGAUGACGGGAACUGCAGCAUAGUAUGGCCUGAACCUGCAGAAGUCUGGAAAGCUGCAUUUAUUGUGUACACAGCAACUGUGGGAUUCUUUGGCCCUCUGCUAGUCAUCUGCAUGUGCUACCUGCUCAUCGUGAUCAAGGUCCGCAGCUCUGGACGCAGGGUCCGAGCCACGUCCAUCCGUCGGCGUAAAUCUGAGCGCAAGAUCACGCGAAUGGUUGUGAUUGUGGUAGCUGUGUUUGUGUUCUGUUGGCUACCGUUCUACAUCUUAAACAUCGUCAACCUGCUAGUGCUGCUUCCGGGAGAGUUCCGGGGCCUGUAUUACUUUGUGGUGGUCCUUUCAUACGCCAACAGCUGUGCCAACCCCAUUCUGUAUGGAUUCCUCUCUGAAAACUUCAAGCGAGGCUUCCGGAAAGCUCUAUGUCGUUCAACCAGACGAGUUGAAAACCAGGAACUACAACAGGGGACUGUUGGAAACCACACUAUACCCCUAGAAGAAAUUAAAAAGGACCUUGAACUGACAGACUGCAUGAAAGAAUCCUGCAAACAAAUACAGCAAAACAAUGAGGAAGAAGAUGGGGGAAUUCAGGAAGCAAGUAUGGGUUACAUGGAGAAUGCCACACAGAUGACAGAAAUCUGUAGAACUGUAAAGCACAACUGCAGAAAUAGGCACAAGGAGGGGAAUAGGACCAUAGUGUCAUGUAUGAUUGAUGCCAAGGAAGCAGGUCCGAGUAAUGGAAAUAAAACUGGGGGAAAUGGCAACUAUAUCAGCCCAAAUUAUGGUCGUGUCAUUAGUUUAAACGGAUCUCAGAGGGGAAGCAUCAAACCAGGGGCAGAGGAAUUUGGAGACACUGUUCUGGAAAUCAGUUAUUUGUAA